AGCCUCAGGCAGAGGUUGAGGCAAAUGAGGAAGGAGACAUUGAUGUUUGUGUGGAUGUAGAGGGUCAGGUAGAGGCAGAGGCUGAAGCAGAGGUUGAGGCAGUGGGUGAUUUGGAGGCUGAGGCACAUUGUCGGGCAGAUCCUCAAGCAGAGGUUGAGGCAAAUAGGGAGGGAGAAAUUGAUGUUGGUGUGGAUGUAGAGGGUCAGGUAGAGGCAGAGGUUGAAGCAGAGGUUGAGGUAGUGGUUGAUGUAGAGGGUGAGGUAGAGGGUGAUGGUUUUCAGGCACACUGUCAGGUAGAGCCUCAGGCGGAGGUUGAGGCAAAGGGGGAGGGAGACAUGGAUGUUGAUGUCAAUGUAGAGGGGCAGGGUGAUGUACAUGGGCAAGUAGAGGUAGAGGGUGAUGGUAUGGACGCACAGGGUCAGGCUGAUGUAGAAGCUGAUGAGUAUGAUGUUAGAAGUUGGAAUGGGUCCGAAGAGGAUGAGUUCACUGACCAUGGAGAUGAAGUGGAAUUUGAUAUAUUUGAAGCUACUAACCAAUUGCAAAUUGGUGGACCUAGGAGUUUAUCUGAAAGUGAUUGGGAAUCUGACACUUUGAACAGUAUUGUGGAAAGUGAUAACAUAGAUGAUGAUGAUAGAGAUGGGUAUGGGGAUUUUGGGAUUUUUCAAUGCCCAAAUGAUGGAAGAACGAUCCAGCUGAUUAUGAACUUCCUUUUAUUGCAGCGGAAGAAGACAAAUUAUGAUGAUGAUGAUCGAAGGAAGCGGAGACUCUAG